CUGCCCGUUGUCGGCCAUAUUGGAGUGUGUUUCCCUGGAGCGCGAGCAGCUUGUGGCGGAGCGACGGGCCCGGGCGGGAGUGAAGCCGUAUCAGAGCCGGAGUGGGAAGCUGUGUCGGGGGAAGAUGAGCUGUGCCGAGGAGAAACGCGUGGCCGGCCGGAGGAAAACGAAUAAACGUGGAUCCGGCAACAACGGCAGCGCGGUGCCGGGAGAGAGUCGCAGCCCGAGCCCGGCGGAGGGGACGCCGAGUCCGGCGCACGGCGAGCAGCCGGAGCCGGGGACCGAGACAGGCCCGACCUGGGCCAGGGAGCAGGCAUCCCUUACAGUACAUCAGCUGGCAAAGGACUGUUGCUUGUUGUGUAAUCAUGAACGCAAAGACUGGGGGCCUCAACAGAAUGGGAUUGUGGACCUAAAGAAGCUGGCACAUUCGAUGCCAGGAUUGACACAUGGCCUUCUGGAGCAUAUGCCUCUCUGGAUAUGUCAGACCUGUCAAAGAAGAGUUGAGGAAGAAGAGCAACGAGCAAACCCUGAACAGGCCCUAAUGGUAAAAGUAGGACAAGGUGAAUGUCAAGCACAUAAAGAAAUAACUGAUGAGUCAGUGAGAACACUGAUGGAAGGAGAUGGAGUUUCCAUUCUCCACAGGUUAUCAACAGAAAAAUGUCAUCACUCUGCAAUCCACUGCUGCCAUCAAAUGCAUCGACAGACAUUGGCAUCAAGUACGCCUCAUCCACAGCAAGCACAGCAACUUCAAAUGUGUGCAACCACUCCUAAUGGCUUACUUACAAAGGAAUCCAACAGGGUAACUAGUGACUGUUCAAGAUCGCCCUCUUGUGUCUCAGUGAAAAACAGUUCUGUGCAAUGUAAGAAUAUGUCCAGAAGGCCGACUCCACCAGGAUUUUGUCUUGUAGGUGGCGAGUUUCACUGCACAGAAGAUCACAGGUAUUCUGUCCUUGCAGCACCUCCUAACAGUCCCACUGGCUUGUCCUCCCAUCAACACCCUCUUACAGCGCCAAAGUCUCCUGAAGUUGCAAACGAGUCAGCAGUUACUAUUCAACAGCAUGGACACCCAACUUCUACAACCCCAUGUACUGUGCCACAUAGCACUGUAACCUCCACAAAUUCAAAUAGGAAACAACCUGUGGCAUCUGGUAUUCUACAAGUUCUGCCUUAUGUACACAAGACCUCUGCUGUUGCCCUGACUAAUAAUCUAUCUCCAGAUGUGUCCUUGAUUUCAAAAAACUCUGUUGCUGCUUCUACAGGUGUGCUUGUGACCCCAGUGCCUCCAAGUGCUAACACUCAUAUUGCAAACAAUGGGUUAUUCCCAAAGACUACAGCUGGAGCCCCUAUUUGCACCAGUCAUUACAAUGGAGCUUGCCCAGUAACAACAACACCAAAUCCAGCUACAUCGGGCAGUGGAAUCUGCAGGGACCAGUCAUGCAAGAGUCGUUUGUGCACAAAUGAAACUGCCUAUAGUCCUACACGGAAUCACAAUGCAGAUGAAAGUCUGGAAGAAGACGACAGCUGCUCAGAGCACAGCUCAUGUACAUCUCACUCUGCCAAUCAAAAAGAAGGAAAAUACUGUGAUUGUUGCUAUUGUGAAUUCUUUGGUCAUGGACCGCCUCCUGCAGCUCCAACAAGUAGGAACUACACUGAAAUCCGGGAGAAGCUGCGGACACGGCUAACAAAACGCAAAGAGGAGCUCCCACAAAAAUCAAGCAAUGGGUCAAUCCGGGAACCACCUGUGGAUGAAAGGAAUGUUGAAGACCUGUUAAACUACAUCAACAGCUCAGAGCAGAAACCAGCCAACAGUAGCAAAGCAGCCAAAAGAGCACGGCACAAGCAGAAAAAACAGGAGAAAGCCCGUUCUGAAGUUUACGAUCAAAGGCCAGAGAAGACGUGCUCAUCUUCAAUGCGUAUUCAAGACCUGGAGAAGGUUUCUGUGAUAAAUCAACAUACACAUGAUGAUAUAGAUGAGAAAAUCCUGAUAUUCAAUCAACAUGUUCAGGAUAAUAUAGAUGAGAAAGUUUCAAAACUGAACCAGCAUUUUCAGGAUGAUAUAGAAGAAAAACUUAAUCAGCAAGAGCUAUGGCACCAAGUGGAGUUGCAGCGAGUAAGUAGCAUCUUGACUAGCAGGUUGGAGCAGCUUAAAGACAGAAUUAGAGAUUCCAUCAAAGCAAACUUCAAUGUAAGUGAUUUGCCCAGAGAUGAUUUUGCAGAGUUGCCAUCUAUAGGAAAAGGCUUUCUGAUAGACAGUAAUGGCACCAUGGACAAAGAAGAAUCAAAAAUAAUAGACCACCAGAAACUUAAUUUGAACUUAUCAUUAACAACAACACCAGGGAUUUUGCAGAACCAUUUGCUGACUGGAAAUAAGCACACAGUUGUCACAAAUCAAGAGCAUAUUAGUCCUAAUAUGUUUGUACUAGAAAAUUCAUUAGGGAAGAAAUCACGAGGCAAUACUGCAUUAUCUUCAAAGGCGGAAAAUACUGCAACAUCUCGACUGGAGGAUGUCGGUACAGUGGUGCUGAAUAAAUCAUCUUCAGAGUUGAAAGUGAUAGAACAAGUCUCAAAAAGUGGGAAGCAGCCAAGGCAACUCAAGCAACAUAUUUCAGAGGUGACCAAAGGCAAAUCGGUGCUUUCAAGGAAAGAGCAGGAGCACCCUCCAGUUUCAAAACUGCAGGGUUCCAAGCAGGCUACGGCUAAACAUAAGACAAACCAGAACCAUGAUGGCAAGUCAGCAGAUUCUGUGAAGGCGAUUGCCAAAUGUGAAGAGCCCCGGCAAGGCAAAUGGAAGGGAGUCUGUGUUCUUGGCAACUCUGAAACUGCUGAGGUCAGGAAAUACAAUUCUAAAAACUCAAACUCCGAAAAGAUGGAAGGCCCUGAAAUUAAGGGAGUUAAAGAGGAGCAGCAUAUGUUAUCUGAAAUGUCUCAGUCAAAGGGCAAGAAUAGGAAAGUCAAAAAGAAGAAACAUGACAAGACCAACAACACUGUUGGGCAGAGAGCUGAUGAAUGUGCCGAAAAGCAAGAAGGUGUUCGGGCAUCUUCCGGUAUAACAAGACCUAAACAAAAUGAUGAUGUAUUUCUUCCCAAAGACAUUGAUUUAGAAAAUGUGGAGAUGGAUGAAACAGACCGUGAGGUGGAACAUUUUAAGAGGUUUUGCAUUGACUCUGCAAAACAGUCGAGGCCAAAGGUGUCUGUAAACUGGUCUAACUUUAGUCUGAAAAAGGGUCCAAAUACAGCUAAUUGAAGAGGGCACCCAGCUCUUGCCUAACAGAAACUGGAAAUGCCCUGCGGUUAUCAUUCCUUGCUGCGAUGGAUAUCAGCCUGCUCUCACAGCUUAAACCAAUUUGCUGUGAUGUAUGAACAACUUGCUGUGAUGUCAUCCACAACCAGUGCCUUAGCCAGAAGAAGUGCACGUCUCUAAGUGGGUGGCUUAAUUGUUUCUUGGGUUUGUUUCUUGUGCUUUAUGGUCAUUGUGAGAAAUGUUGUCGAUAAGUGUUGACACCAGUGAAGCAAAUGGGAGUUCCAGUAGAAAUCAAUAUGGGAAUUGUAAAGUUCCAAAGUUUGCAAAAUGUUUUUUGGGCAGUCAAGUCAGAUAAAAUGUGGAAUAGGAUAGUUGUUUGGUCGUUAAAGUGACAGUAAGGCAGGGCAGUCACAUUUCAUGCUACUUGAGGAUUGUCUCUUGUGCAAUGAUCUGUAAAUGGAACUGAUUUUUAGGAAAACGUCUUGGUCUUAAAUCUAAAUAAAAUCUGUCAGCAUAAAAAUCAAAUAAUAUUUAACAUCUUGGAUUUUGCACCAAUUGGGUGUAGCUUUAAUUAGCCCCUUUGGCAAGAUGUGUAUAGUAAUUGCUGUCCUAAGAAUGUCUCAUGAGAACUGGAGUAAAGGUGAAUAUUAUCAAUAGUCAUCUCUGGGAACACAAUUCAGUGAUAGAGCAAAGACUACAUUUGAAAUGUAACAAUGCUAUAGUGUGUUUUGUCAACUGGGAAGGUAGAUCAUGUGCCUUUUGAUUGUCCAUUUCUCUUCCCAGUUCUAAUUCUGAGACCUUUGAACGUACAUUUAUAGAAUCAGAAAAAUAAAUUGAGGCGAUUACUUUCAAAACUGACACCCAGGUUAGUGCAGCCCGUUUUCCUUAAUAGGUAUGUAAAUAAGCUGUGUAUUUGGAAGCUGUUGAAACAGUGUAGAGGGAAUGGUGAAAUUGCCAAUACCAUUUAAAAUCGGCUUUGAAAAAUGCUCUGAUUUUUGUAGCUCUUAAAUUAGCUAGCUAAAUUUUUUGACAGCAUUAGACCCAAGCAAUGCUAUAUAGAAAAAAUGACUUGAGGCUAAUAGCACAGCAAUUAAUUGUGUGCAGGCAACUGCAUUGGUGCUUAUUUUAAACACUACCAGGUAGUGACAAUCUGCCCAUUACAGGAGGUGCUGUGCUGUAAUGGAAGUCUUACAUCAGCAUUUUUGAUCGUGCUUUCUCUCUUCUCAAUUACAUCAUCAAUCUCAGAAGUGCACAGUUCCCUAUCUUAACAAUAGCUUUUUUAAAGCUGUUUUGACACCAAACCAAUAUUCUAAGUGUUGUUGAAGCACAAAUUUUGGACAAAUACUAUCUAUAACAUAGAAUUCCAAUGCCGAUGUAGCAGGGUAAUGAUCUGAAAAUCUGGUGUUGCUUAUGAUUUGGUUGGAAAUGAAGAGUAAAUAUGGAACUGCAAACUCUUUAAAAUCAAAAAUCAGAGUUCAUGUUUUGGUUAUAAUGUGAGUGGCAGAGCUUCAUCAACCAAUUGUGUUCCUUUGCUGACCUCGUACAGCAAAUUAUCUACACAGUGAUCAGACUCUGAUCAUAAGCCCAAUAAUAUUUGUAUUCAGCCCAAGUACAAUCAACAAUUGAGCAUACUAAAUCUGACCUCCUUGGUUAUUUCUGGUAAAUAAAAUGCUGCAAGUACAUUGCUUCUUUCUCCUUUUCUUUUUAUAAUUAAUUUCUAUUCCUUAAAUUGCUGCCACAUCCCAGCCAAGAAUAAGAUCAUAAUUGCCAGAAAGAAAAAAAAUGAUUUGGCCAUGUGGUAUCUUCAUGGCGAGUAAGUAUUAACUGCUGAACUGACGGUGAUAACCAGCUGGUUGGUAUCUUCUAUAGUCAUGGAGUAAACCGCAUUUUGCAGUAUAUUGUACUGUAAGUUAAAGACUUCCUACUGCGCCACCAUAUUGGAGUGUGUAGUGGUGACAAUAUAUAAACCUGUAGUGGCCGACCCACUUUCAUAUCAUGGUCAAUUUCAAGCAUGGAUGCUAAUUGAUCAUUUAUGAUAAACUUUAUAUGUGUUUAGAACCACAUUGUAAAUAUCCUGUGUAUAGUGGUGUCGGUGCAGAUAGUGCUAAUGCACAUCUGUACAUUACAGAAUGACAAACAAAUCUUUAUAUUCAAGUGUUUUUAUCAAUAACUCUUAGUAAAGUAAAUUGGCUAUAAUCGUUGUAAAGUUCAUUUUAUGUGAAGAUUAAAUAAAGUCCUCACCAAGGUGAUGGAAACUGAAUGAAAACUUUCCUGUUGUGUAUUAGUGACUGUAGCUGGAUUUGCAUUGUAGUAUAUGAUUCUUGUUUCAUCCUUUACUUUUCAUUGUUGUAAACAGAUCAUUCUUGUUGCAACUUGAAGACAUGUGAGUCACAGAGCAGCAGUCCAUUCCCAUGAAGUGGCAUUUUAUAUUAUAGUAUUUGCUUUACUUGUUUUUGUUUUGUUUAUAAAACCAGCUUCUUGGCAUGUGUCCUGUUUUUUUGUUGUUUUUUUUGUCCUGUUUAUGCUGUCUUUAAUUUGGUUUCCUUUUGGAAGAAGGAAGUAUAUGUUCUGUUUGUAAUGGAUGCUACAAUGAAUAUGAUUUUUGUCUGAAUCUCAUAACCAUCUCCACAGCGCUCACAUUCUCAGCAAGAUUUAGAUUGGGAUAUAUUCACAUUAUAUGUUGGACUGAGCCCUCUGGAAGAAAUGUUUUUAAUUUGAAAUAAGAAUAUUGUUUCUGAAUAGUUGUAGGGAAGGUAUCUUAUGGUAUAAAUUCAUUUUGUGUUGUAUGCUCCAUUUCAUGCCUGCAGCAGAUCCCAGAAAUGUUUGGGGAAGCAAUUCCCAUCCACUGAAACAGUUUCAUGUAUGCUUCACUUUGUUUAAAAUACGUGUUUGAAGUAACCCCGUGUAGUUUUCAAAAUGUGAAAUCUUAUCAAUUUAUAAUCCUGCAAUUGGUUGUUUAAAUAGAUUUUGUUCCAUUAUAUGUAUCUUUAUUUUGUAUUGUAACAAGAGCAUUUUUAUCUAUUUCAAACCAAAAAUUGUUAGUUUUAUACGACUUUCUGGCACCAGCCAGUCUGAACUAAAACGCAGUGGUAUAAGCCAAUGUUCUGACUGUUAAUUCUGAAAAGAAUGUAGGUUUCUAUUAUGCUGGCCGAGACAUUUUUGAUAUCCUUUUUUUAAAUUAUGUACUGUGAAUUGUCUUUCUUUUGAAAGAUAAAUACAAUGUCUUGAUGAA